UAUAUAUUUGUGUGUGUGUGAAAUUGUGUUUGUUAAUGUUUAAUAGAACCUGCUGCAGCAGCAAUAUGCUGCCAACAACAAAAACAAUCAACGUUGUCGCUGCUGCCGUCGCCGACGCAUCGUACAAGAACAACACAACGCCGUUGCCGUCGUCGUCGCUGUUGACACUGACGCUGACGUCUCGCAUGCCUACUUUUAAUUUAUUAUAAAAGUUGUUUUUAAUUUAAAUAAUGGAUCGUCGUGCAUUCAAGUUUAUGCAAAAAAGAGCGGACACUGAAAGCGAUACAACAACAACGACAACAACAGCAGCAACAACUACUACAUCAACAACAACAACAACAACAACAGCAACAGGAGUUAGCGCUACAUUACCCCUUAAGGAUAAUUCAAAUAUACGAGAAAAACCACUAUUGAAUCACAAUUCCCAAGGCGGGCAACAUCAUCAUCACUCGAAUCAUCAUCAUCAGAAGCCUUCACAGCAGCAGCAGCAGCAGCAGCACGAACGACCCUUAAAGUGCCUGGAAACAUUGGCCCAGAAGGCUGGAAUAACAUUUGACGAAAAGUACGAUUUCGCAAGUCCUCCACAUACGGGAGGAGCAGCACCACCAACUACACCCAGUUCAACAACAGGUGCAGGUGCAGGAGCAGGAGGAGGAGGAGGAGGCGGAGGAGCAGCAACUACACCGACAUCGUUGCGUCGUCCACAAGCACCUGUUACACCUGUAACGCCACGCUCCAUUCUUGUGAUGGAGAAAUCCCAGAGUCCUGCCCAACAGGUGGCAUCUGCCGCUACAGCGGUGCCAUUGCAAAUAUCACAGGAGCAACUGCAACAAUUCUAUGCCAGCAAUCCAUAUGCUGCCAUUCAAGUGAAACAAGAGUUUCCCACAACGACGGCAGGUGGGGCAGGCGGCGGUGGAGCCACUGCUGGUGGCACUGAACUCAAACAUGCCGCCAGUCUAUUGGAUGCCACACAAACUCACACACAGCUCCAGCAGAUGCAACUCCAGCAACUAACAGAUGCCACAGCCGCAGCGGCGGCGGCAGCCAAUGCAGCUGCUGCUGGUGGUGGCACAGGGGCUAGUCCGGCCAAUGCGGCCCAACAGCAGCAGCAGCAACAACAGCAGCAGCAACAGCAACAACAGCAGCAACAUUCCACAGCCAUAAGCACAAUGUCGCCCAUGCAAUUGGCCGCUGCCACUGGAGGAGUACCCGCCGAUUGGUCCACACCCGGUCGUACGGUACAGUUGAUGCAACCAUCGACCAGUUUCCUCUAUCCACCCAUGAUUGUCUCCGGUAAUCUGCUGCAUUCGGCCGGUCUGGGACAGCAGCCGAUACAAGUGAUUGCCGCCGGCAAACCGUUUCAGGGCAAUGGCCCACAAAUGAUAACGACAACCACACAGAAUGCAAAACAGAUGAUUGGUGGACAGGCGGGAUUUGCUGGUGGCACCACCACCUAUGCCAUUCCAUCGUCUCAAUCCCCGCAGACAUUGCUCAUAUCGCCGGUUAAUGUUAUAUCCCAUUCGCCGCAGCAGCAGCAAACGUUGCUCCAGUCGAUGGCGGCGGCUGCCCAACAGCAACAGCAACAACACCAACAGCAGCAGCAACAACAGCAACAGCAGCAGCAACAACAGCAACAGCAACAACAGCAGCAACAACAACUAACCGCGCAACAGCAACAGCAAUUGACAGCAGCGGCAGCGGCUCAACAAGCUGCCCUCACACUGGCCAAAGUGGGUGGCGCUGGUGGCGCAACAUCAAACGAUCAACAGCAGGCGAAAUUGCAGCAGAAAGUUGUUCAAAAGGUGACAACCACAACGAAUACCGUACAAGCGGCCACCGCUGGAACCGUUGGAGGUGCAGGAGCUGGGAAUGCAGGUGGCGCUGGCGGUGGUAUUGUGGCCCAGGCUCAGCAUCAUCAUCAUCAGCAGCAACAGCAGCAAACGACCACCCAGCAAUGUGUCCAAGUAUCACAGUCGACGUUACCCAGCGUCAAUGUGGCCCAGGCGCAGCUGGUCAACUCCCUGACGGGGGCAACAACCGGUCAGCCGCAGCCGAUGGUUCCCUGGUUCUGGCAGCCACCGUUCGGUACUAGUCCCAUCAUCUUGCGUGGCCAACCAGAUGGGACAUCGGGAAUGUUCAUACAACAGCCAGCCACACAUCAGGCCCUCCAGACGCAACAAAAUCAGAUUAUACAGUGCAAUGUGACCCAAACUCCCACCAAGCCACGCACCCAAUUGGAUGCAUUGGCCCCCAAGCAGCAACAGCAACAGGUGAAUGCUGCCAAUGCACAGGCGGCGGCACAGCAGCAACAGCAGCAGCUUGCCCAACAGCAAGUGGCAGUGGCCACGGCUCAAUUGCAACAGCAGCAGCAGCAAUUGACAGCUGCCGCCUUGCAGCAGCAGCAGCAACAACAACAACGACCCGGGGCACCCAUAAUGCCGCACAAUGGUGCACAAGUACGUCCAGCAAGUUCUGUGUCCACACAAACGGCGCAAAAUCAAAGUCUUUUGAAGAACAAAAUGCGCAACAAGCAGCAGCCAGUACGUCCAGCAUUGCCUGGAACGAAAACGGAAAAUGGCCAGGGACAACAGGGCAAAGUGCAGCAGCAGCAGCAGCAACAAGCACAUUUGGCUGUGCAGCAGCAACAGCAGGCUAAUCUUCACCAGGUGGUGACGGCUGGCAACAAAAUGGUGGUCAUGAGCACUUCGGGCACUCCUAUAACACUGCAAAAUGGUCAAACAUUGCAAGCGGCGGCCGCUGGAUUGGUGGACAAGCAACAUCAACAACAGCAGCAACAGCAACAACAACAGCAGCAGCAACAACAAAUGCAAUUGAUGCAAAAACAAAUUUUCCAACAACAAAUGAUGCAGCAACAAAUUGCCAUACAAAUACAGCAACAGCAGCAACAUCAGGUCAAUCAGCAACAGCAGCAACAGCAGCAGCAGCAACAACAACAACAGCAACAGCAGCAGCAAGUUGUAGAUCAGGCGGCAGCCCAACAGCGUCAGGUGCAACAGCAACAACAGGCGUUGGCCCAACAAAUACUCCAUGUGGCACCAAAUACAUUCAUCACCUCGCAGCAGCAGCAACAGCAGCAGCAACAACAGCAGCAACAACAACAGCAGCAGCAGCAACAAUUGCAAAAUCAAUUACUGCAACAACAACUCCAAGCUCAAGUGCAAGCCCAGGCUCAGGCCCAGGCACAGGCCCAAGCGCAGGCUCAAGCCCAACAACAGCAGCGCGAACAACAACAACAACAACAGCAGAAUAUUAUCCAACAGAUUGUGGUGCCAGCUGGAGUGGGUGGGCAACAACAAGCGGCUGCUGCAGCCGCCGCCGCUGCCGCCCAACUCCAAUUGAGCAGUGUGCCCUUCUCGGUAUCGUCGACAACAACUCCGGCGGGCAUAGCAACAUCUAGUGCCCUGCAGGCCAUUUUUCAUAGCAGCACCAAACCCACAGUCAGUAGCACGGGAACGGGCAGUGUGGUCACCAUUACCAAUCACAAUACGGGUCCCCUGGUCACAAGCAGUACGGUGACAAGUCUGCAGCAACAGGCCCAACAGUUGCAGCAACAGCAUCAGCAGCAGCAGCAGCAGCAGCAACAUCAGCAGCAGCAACAACAAUUAAUCUCAGCCAGCAUUGCUGCUGCCGCCUCACCCACAACCAAUGCAGCCACCAAUCCCAUAUUGGCCAUGACCUCGAUGAUGAAUGCGGCCGCCACAGUUGGCCAUUUGGCAACGAGUGGAGUAAGUGCGGCCGGUGGGGCUAGUUCACCGGCGGCUUUGGUUACAUUUAGUCAACCGCAAACGACGCCAACGAAGACAACAACGCUGACAGCAGCAACAACGCCCAUAGCAACAGCCACUCUAGUGCCCAUUGAGUCACCAUUGGCGGGAGUUGGUGGACAGGAUCAUUUGAUGGGGGUUGCCACAACACCAAAGUCCACAUCCGCCAGCCAGGCCCUCGCCAAUAUGGAGUCGGAAACACUGGUCAAUGGGGAGGCAGAAGCAUCGGCUGCAAUGCCAACCACGCCCACCACCACCACCACCACCAGCAACAGCACAGCAAAGGCAACGCCACCAACCACAAAACAAAGUAACGCCGUCCUGCCCACCAGUAGUAGUAGUAAUAAUAGUAAUAGCAUUAAAGAUAAUGAUGGCAAGAUCACCACAUCAGUAACGCCAGCAACAGCAACAACAACGACAACAACCACAACCAGCAGCAGCACCACCACAAUGACAACAACUGCCACGACCAUAACAAGCAGUCCAGUUAGUAGCACGGGAGGAAUGGUGGCCAAUACGAAUGGCAUAUUGUCGACAAGAGCAAUAACCACAACCACCACUAGCAGCACCACAACAACACCAACAUCAGGGGCGGCGGUCAGUUCGUGUGGCACUGCAAUAACCACAACAACAACAAACACAACCAGUAGUAACAACAACAACAACAACAACAGCAGCAGCAAUGGUGGCAAAGAUCUACCCAAGGCAAUGAUAAAACCAAAUGUUCUUACCCAUGUCAUCGAUGGUUUCAUCAUCCAAGAGGCCAAUGAGCCAUUCCCGGUGGCUAGACAACGUUACACCGACAAAGAUGGCAACGAUGAGCCGCCAAAGAAAAAGGCUGCCAUGCAGGAUCAGGAUAUGAAACCUAUGGGUAUAGCAACUGCCUCCAGUUUACCCUCGGAUAUGGUGGCCUGUGAACAAUGUGGCAAACCGGAGCAUAAAACGAAACUGAAACGCAAGCGUUAUUGCUCGCCGGCAUGUGCAAGGCAAGCGAAAACGGGAACAACUGGAGCAGCUGUCACAAUGGCGGCUGGCAAUGGUAUUGUUGGAGCCGAUGCCAUGGCACUGGUUGAUAAACUAGAUGAAGCUAUGGCCUCGGUGGAAGAGAAAAUGCAAUCGGAAGCGGCGGCGGCGGCGGCAGCGGCGGCAAAUGAGAUUCUUCCAAUGGUAGUGGACAAUAACUUGAUAGCAGCAGCUACAGCGCCACCCAUAUUGAUACCAAUAUCGGCAGCGUCUGCAUUGCCACCCGCCUCGGCUUCUGUGCCAGUGAUGACAACGAUUGCAAUGCCAAUUGCAGCAGCAGCAGCAACAGUGCCAACAACAGCAACAACAACUGCUGGAGGAGGUGGAGCUGGAGGUGGAGUGGCCACUAUAAUAGCAGCAACAGCGGCAGCAGCAGCAACGACACCAGCACAACAACAACAACAACCACCACCACCAACAGCAACACCAACAACAGCCGCAACAGCUGCCAGUGAACGUCCACCCAUUUGUAGUUGGAGCGUCGAUGAGGUUAGCGAUUUUAUACGCAAUCUUCCUGGCUGCCAGGACUAUGUGGAUGACUUUGUUCAGCAAGAGAUUGAUGGUCAGGCAUUGCUGUUGCUAAAAGAGAGCCAUUUGGUAAAUGCCAUGGGCAUGAAACUGGGGCCAGCUCUUAAGAUAGUGGCCAAAGUGGAGUCCAUGAAGGAGGUGGUGCCCCCAUUGGCCGUGUCCAAUGAUAAUAAAGAUUAAUCGACUGGUUAAAUGAAAAUUCUGAAGCCUGGAGCCGGGUUAAACCCAGAGCCAAGCGCGCCUCCCCCCAUCUCUCUUUCCCACUCUCUCUCUCUCUCUCUCUCUCUCAUUAUCCACCUAGGCCUCGAUGAAUGUGAUUCAUCUUGGUUUAGUCACUCACUAACUCAUGCACUCACUCAUUUAUCCUGCUGCAUUUAUAAUUGUUAUUAUUAGCAGAAGGAUAAUGAUUAGUAUUCGCGAAGAAAUAUUCAUCAAAAUGUGUACAAUUCAUAUACUUCAUAUUGCUUUCGUAAUAAUUUUACAUACAAUUAAUUUUAAAAAAAAAUAUGCAAAACAAAAAAAAUGAAAAAAAUGAAAACGAAAUAAUUAUAAUAAGCCUAAAGUGUAGUUUCGAUAAGUUUCUCCUGAACACUGAAAACUGAAUACUAUUGAAUACUAGCAAUGGAUUAAGCUCUAAUACUUGGUAUUUUCAAACUGAAAUUUCGCUGCAGCAUUAGAGUAUAUAUAUAUAGCUAUGUAUAAGUACUUGGUAAUACAUUUAUAUACAUA